CCCCUGUCUUGCAGUCUGCAGACGUACACGCUUGUUAAAAUCGGCUUUUCAAAAUGGAGGUUUAAAACAACAAGGAUAAAGAUGGUGGGGUUUUUACAACCCGUACGACAUGAAAUAUUUCUUUUUCUUCUUUUCGUUCUUUGUACACUGUUCCCAUUCGGAAAAUCUUGUGGCCCGAGUGAAUAUAAAUCAGCAGCUGGAGAAUGUUGCCCCAUGUGCAAUAUUGGAUCAAUAGUUCUCAGGGACUGUAGUGGGGACUUAAGUACCACAUGCAAACCCUGCACUCCAGGAACAUUCAUUAGUGAACCUAAUGGCCUUCCUAAAUGUUUCACAUGCAGAAACUGUGUUGAAAGUCAAGGCCUUUACAUCCAGCGUAAAUGCACUACAAUACAAGACACCAUCUGUGCUGUACUUGAUGGAUAUUACUGCAUUGAUUUCUCAAAUUUACAGUGCAGUCAUGCUCAAAAACACAGUGUUUGCAAACCAGGACAAGAAACAAAAACACCUGGAACCAAGACAUCAGAUACAGUAUGUGCGGACUGCCCUCAUGGGUUUUAUUCUCCAUCAGGUCUGAACUGCACCAAAUGGACAGAUUGUUCAUCUAGGAAUGAAAGAGAGACAGAAAAUGGCAGCUCUGUUAAAGAUGUCACAUGCAUACCGAAAAGACGGGAAAGAUAUGGUCUCAUUUUUGCAAUAGUUUUAACACCAUUAUUCUACAUAAUUCUAUACCUUGCCCCACAGAGCACAAGUUGUAAACUUAAACAUCCUGUUGAAGAAACAAAUCCAGCAAUUACAACUCAACCCGAAAGCAACACACCGGAGGAAAAUUUAGGAACAAGUUGAUUCCCAAGAAUCUCAGUCACACCAUCUGUUGUUUCUCUAGCAACCCACUUAUUAUAGGAGUGUGAUGUUGCUUUCUUCUCCGUCUGCUGUGACCUUGACGUGGUGGAGAAGCUUGAGUUCCUCCAGUACCUUGAGAACUGUGAGAGCAGGUUCAACCACACCAGUGUAAAUCACAUCUAGGAGGACAAACUAACAACAGCAAGCUUUUAUUAGUUAGACAGACCUACUCAUCCCUGACAUGACAAUAAAUAGACUGCCUUUGAAAUACCAUAUUGUAAGAAGGCCAACUACUUCUGUAGGGAGAACAGGGCUAGGUGCACACUUUUUCUCAAUGACUGUUUACAAAGGUUGUAUUUCGAAGUCAACGUCUUGACUGCAAAAAGUGAUUGAUAGAACAGCUAAAAUGGGAAAGGACACAUACAAGUAUCAGCUUACAAAUCAGCCUCAAUUGUACAAAAGUUACAAUUGUACAAUUGUUGCAUAUUGUAACAAUAGUGGUCUUAAUACUUGACCUUAUUUGAGCAUUAACAAGAAGUUGACAGAGUUGUCUUGAUUUUUUUGUGCUGAUGAUUACUGUUAUAAAGGCAGUGCUGGUGAAA